GAGCAUAAAGGAGUGAUCUUUCCAUUAUUGGGAUCAAAAUUUUGUUUGCAGACAUGGCGAAUGCUUCUUGGAUUACCUCUCUCACCUGUGCAAGUUCUGCUAUUCAAUCCCCAGCUGAAUGGUUAAGAUUCAUCUUCCUAUCUCCAUGUCCUCAACGAAAGCUGGUAUCUGUCGUUGAUCUUCUCUUUUUGCUUAUCCUCUUCGCCUUCGCUGUCCAGAAGCUUUGUUCCAGAGUUCGUUCUCGCAGGCAUUCCGACUCUUCCGUUGACAUACCCCUUCUCGAACGCAAGAGAAAUCAUCUCAGAACUAAUGUCUGGUUCAAGCUAUCCCUGAUUCUAACGGUACUGUUAGCAAUCACUUACACUGUGCUAUGCAUUUUCGUCCUCGUUAGAAACACCGAAUCGUCAUGGAAGACACCGGAAGCUGUUUUUCUGCUAAUCCAAGCUGCAACACAUCUAACGAUUGCGAUUUUAAUCGCUCACCAGAAGAGAUUCAAGGCUACUUCUCAUCCUAUGACGCUUCGAGUUUACUGGGUCGCGAAUUUCGCCAUUGUUUGCUUGUUCUCUGUUUCAGCUAUCAUUCGGUUGUGCUCUGUUCAAUGGAAACAGGAACCAGAGUUAAGAACGGACGAUGUGUUCUUCAUUGUUAAUAUCCCUGUAUCAGCUUUUCUUCUCCUCGUCGCCAUUAGAGGAUCAACGGGGAUUACGACAACAGGAGAAACGAAUUCUGAGUUGGAACCGGAUGAAAAAUUGGGAGAGCCUCCUUCACUGAGCGACCCGAAUGUUAGCCUCUACGCUUCAGCUUCUUCGCUGUCUAGAGCGGUAUGGUUUUGGAUGAAUCCCUUAUUGAGUAAAGGUUACAGAUCUCCUCUGAAGAUCGACGAUGUGCCAUCGCUUGCCCCUCAACAUAGGGCGCAGAGAAUGUCAGAGUUCUUCGAAUCGAAUUGGCCUAAACCAGCCGACCCAUCUCAACACCCUGUUGCAACCGCAUUGCUUCGCUGCUUCUGGCCGGACCUCCUCUUCACUGCUUUCUUGGCUAUCAUUCGCAUCUCCGUCAUGUAUGUGGGUCCAACUCUGAUCCAAAGGUUCGUCGAUUUCACUUCAGGGAAGCGAACCUCCCCUUACGAGGGAUACUAUCUGAUAACGAUCCUUCUCGUUGCGAAAUUCGUCGAAGUUCUGGCCUGUCACCAACACAAUUUCAACUGUCAGAAGAUUGGAAUGCUUAUUCGAUCCUCACUGAUCACUUCUCUGUACAAGAAGGGCUUGAGGAUGACUUGCUCGGCCAGGCAAGAACAUGGGGUCGGACAGAUCGUGAAUUACAUGGCCGUCGACGCACAACAGCUCUCCGAUAUGAUGAUGCAGCUCCAUAGUCUAUGGCUUACACCGAUCCAAGUGAUCGUCGCCUUCGCCCUUCUCUUCGGUUACAUGGGCAUAUCCGUAGUUGUAGCAUUUAUAGCGCUCAUUGGGGUUAUGGUGUUCACCUUGUUUGGGAACAAACGGAACAACCGUUACCAGUUCAAUUUGAUGAAGAAUCGUGAUUCCAGGCUGAAGGCAACGAACGAAAUGCUGAAUUUCAUGAGAGUGAUCAAGUUUCAAGCUUGGGAGAAUCACUUCUUCGAGAGGAUUCAAGCUUUUCGUGAAGCAGAGUAUGGGUGGCUGACCAAGUUCUUUUACUCUAUGUAUGGAAACUUAGUGGUUAUGUGGAGCACCCCUGUGGUGGUUGCGUCCCUGACGUUCGGAACUGCGAUUGCUUUGCGGGUUCCGCUCGAUGCAGGGAGGGUUUUUACGCUGACCACGUUUAUCAGGAUCUUGCAGGAACCGAUCAGAACGUUCCCUCAGUGUCUAAUCAAUCUAUCGCAGGCGAUGAUCUCGCUUGGGAGGUUAGACUCUUACAUGACGAGUCGGGAACUAGUGGACGGAGUGGUGGAAAGGGUCGAAAGUUGCAGCGGCGACGUUGCCGUCGAGGUGAAAGAUGGGGCAUUCGCGUGGGACGAUGAGAGUAACGAAGCGUUGAUACGAGAUUUGAAUUUGGUGAUCAAGAAAGGUCAGCUUGCCGCCAUUGUUGGGACCGUUGGAUCGGGGAAGUCUUCCUUACUUGCCGCGAUUCUUGGCGAGAUGCGCAAAAUCUCGGGAACGGUGAGAGUUUGUGGAACAACUGCUUAUGUAGCACAGAGUUCCUGGAUCCAGAAUGGAACCAUCCAAGACAAUAUCCUUUUUGGUUUACCAAUGAACACAGAAAGAUACAGUGAAACAAUCAGGGUUUGUUCCUUGGAGAAGGACUUGGAAAUGAUGGAAUUUGGUGACCAGACUGAGAUUGGAGAGCGUGGUAUUAACCUCAGUGGUGGGCAGAAGCAGCGUAUACAACUUGCCAGAGCUGUUUAUCAAGACUGUGAUGUAUACCUUCUUGAUGAUGUCUUCAGUGCUGUUGAUGCCCAGACUGGCUCAGAAAUAUUCAAGGAAUGCGUGAGAGGAACCCUUAAAGAUAAGACCAUUUUGCUCGUAACCCACCAAGUUGAUUUCUUGCACAAUGCUAAUCGAAUUUUGGUUAUGAGAGAUGGAAAGAUUGUACAAUCUGGGAGGUACCUUGAGAUUCUGGAAUCUGGAACGGAAUUUGAAGCCCUUGUCACUGCCCAUGAAACAUCCAUGGAACUUGUGGAAAUGAGUGCAAAUGGAAAUGGGGAAAACUCCACACAAACUCCAAAAUCUCCUCAAGCUUCUCCAAAACCCAAUGGUGUAAAUGGUUCUGUUGAGCAGCCCAAGUCUGAGAAGGGAACCUCAAAGCUCAUUAAAGAUGAGGAGAGAGAAACAGGCCAAGUUAGCUUGGGAGUGUACAAGCUUUAUGUCACUGAGGCGUUUGGGUGGUGGGGAGCUGCUGCUAUACUACUAAUGUCUGUGGUAUGGCAGGCAUCUCUAAUGGCAAGUGACUAUUGGCUGGCAUUUGAGACUCAAGAAGAUAAUGCAGCUUCUUUCAAACCCUCUCUGUUUAUUAAUGUCUAUGUAGUGAUAGCAGCAGUUUCAAUUGUUUUGGUGGUGAUCAGAUCCUUCCUUGUCGCAUGUGUAGCGCUCAAGACAGCUCAAAGUUUCUUCAAGCAGAUUCUUCAUAGCCUCUUACAUGCUCCAAUGUCAUUCUUUGAUACCACUCCUUCAGGAAGAAUUCUGAGUCGGGCAUCAUCAGAUCAGACCAACGUUGAUCUUUUCCUCCCCUUCUUUUUAAGCAUGACAAUUGCCAUGUACAUUACAGUGUUCAGCAUCAUUUUUAUUACUUGCCAGUAUGCUUGGCCAACAAUAUUCCUUAUUAUACCAUUGGGUUGGUUGAAUAUCUGGUACAGGGGUUACUUCCUUGCGACAUCUCGUGAGUUGACCCGCCUUGAUGCAAUCACCAAAGCACCUGUUAUUCAUCAUUUCUCAGAAAGCAUUGCUGGGGUUAUGACAAUAAGGUGCUUCAGAAAGCAGGGAGGAUUUAUUCAGGAGAAUAUUGACAGGGUCAAUAAAAAUUUGCGUAUGGACUUCCACAAUAAUGGAUCAAAUGAAUGGUUGGGCUUCCGCUUGGAAUUGAUUGGCAGUCUCAUCCUCUGCAUUUCUACGAUAUUUAUGGUCUUUUUGCCUAGCAGUAUUAUAAAUCCAGCUUAUGUGGGGUUAACUCUUUCCUAUGGUAUGUCUCUCAAUGGUGUUCUGUUUUUUGCCAUAUCUAUGAGUUGUUUUGUGGAAAACCGAAUGGUUUCUGUCGAGAGAAUAAAACAGUUCACGAUCAUUCCAUCUGAAGCGGCAUGGAGAAUCAAAGAUUGUCUGCCUUAUCCAAACUGGCCAACCCAGGGAAAUGUUGAUCUUAAGGACUUGCAGGUUAGAUAUCGGCCAAACACUCCUCUGGUUCUGAAAGGCAUCACUCUCAGCAUCCGAGGAGGAGAGAAGAUUGGUGUUGUUGGUCGAACUGGGAGUGGCAAGUCAACUUUGAUCCAAGCUUUCUUUAGGUUGGUGGAGCCUUCAGGAGGAAAAAUAAUUAUUGAUGGGGUCGACAUUUGCACACUUGGUCUUCAUGAUCUCAGAUCUCGUUUCGGAAUAAUUCCCCAAGAACCAGUCCUUUUUGAAGGAACUGUACGAAGCAAUGUUGACCCAAUUGGACUGUAUUCAGAUGAAGAAAUAUGGAAGAGUCUUGAACGCUGCCAACUUAAGGAAGUCGUGGCUGCAAAACCUGAGAAACUUGAUUCUCCAGUGGCUGAUAAUGGGGACAAUUGGAGCGUGGGACAAAGGCAGCUUCUUUGUUUGGGGCGGGUUAUACUUAAGCACAGCAAGAUUUUGUUUUUGGAUGAAGCAACUGCUUCUGUUGAUUCACAAACUGAUGCUGUGCUACAAAAGAUUAUCCGAGAGGAUUUCUCAGCCUGCACAAUGAUAAGCAUUGCUCACAGAAUACCCACAGUCAUGGACUGUGAUAGAGUGUUGGUUGUAGCUGCUGGACUAGCAAAAGAGUUUGACAAGCCAGCUCACUUGCUUGAGAGGCCCUCUCUGUUUGGGGCUUUGGUUCAGGAGUAUGCCAAUCGUUCUUCUGGUAUAUAGAUGUUGAUUGCGUUCGGAGGAUGCUACUAAAGGAAGACAUGGAAUCCGCUGAGUGAAAUUCUUUUGAAUGAAAUACCGGACCACCAUUUCAAGGACAGCUGCUGUUCAUGAUGACUUGCUCAUUUACACAGAAGGGAAGACUUGUGGUACUUGAGGCUGGUUAAUAUCAACUGGAAGCUCAAAAGCAAGAAUCAUACUCUAUAUCACACUAGCAUGAGCCAGAACUUAGUCAUAGGUGUAUCAGCAACAGUAUUAGUAU